GGGACGUCGGACUCAACGAAUUGGCGAAGGACUAAUUGAUUCUCCGCUUCUUCGAUUGCCGAAACUCUUGCACCAGAGCAAUUCUGUGACAUUGUUGCACGAUAUGACAGGCUGAGAUCAACACGCCUGCAACCGCGCAAACGGGCUGACAUAGUCUGCCGGAAGGCGAGGUCAGACGGCGGGCGCGCGGCGACCGCGGCACCCGCCCUUCAGCUCAGUUGACUGACUAACCAAGUGGGGUUAUGAUGGCAAGCGAUUAGCUCAAACAUCCAACUGGAGCGAGGAAUGGACCUUGGGGCUGGUGGGGUGCUAGGUAGUCCAGGUAUGGCCACGGUGUGCACAUUCCGCACAUUCCACACGCCUUCCAUGCGUAUCUUCCUUUGCCAUGCAUUCCCAAAGCCACCCCUUAACCUCUAGAACAGCCAACACGUCCCCAUGCCUGACACCCCUACGGAACGGGGGCGACCGGGCCCGCCGCGGCAAUCAGGCGCGUCGACAUGCAAAAUUGCCAGCUUUCUUAUCCCGGAUUGUUUGCCAUGACAUAGUUGCCUCAUGUAGUCCACAACGUUAAACCUCAGUCGCAUUGCCAGCGACCUCGCGACAGUCAAACGUGCAUGGACUCGUGAAAUCGUUUCUCGCUCCGGCUGGAUUUGACCCGCCACCUAUUUGCAAUCUUCAUAGUAAUGUGCGGCAUUCGCGGUUUGCGCCAGGCAGGACCAGGGGCAGGGGUGAACCACACGGGUGAACCACCCCUGGUGGGAAAUCUUAUGCCGGUAGCCGCCGGUCGUGCAGAGGUGCUGGACGGCCUGCGUCGGCUCCUGGAAUCCCUGGGCAGCCCGGCGGCACCGACCCCAAGGAGGCUGGGCGCGAGGGCGCCGGGCGGAGCGGCGGGUGGAGCGGCGACCUAGCCAGCUGGCAGCUGGCCGCAGGAGCAGCAGCACUGGUGGUGCUCCCUGCCGUCCUUGUAAGCCCGAUUGAGAGAGCAAUUCUGUGCCCUGUGUCUUGUGCCUCUUUCGGGGCGGGGGGCGUGACGGGUGAGAAUGCCAGCGGAAUCAGCAGCAACUAUCAGCAACAACCAUCACUAAAACCGGAACAGCAUGUUAGCGCGCGUCUCACCCCGGUUUGGUCCAGGGUCAGGUUUCAGGGUCAGGUCUCAGGGUCAGGUUUCAGGGGCAGGUUUUAGGUUGUGGGCUGAGUCGGUGGCUGAGUUGGGGCUGAGUCAAUGGCUGAGUUGGCCCCCCCGUGCCGGAUUGCUGGGUUGCCGAGUUGGACAUCCUGGAUUGCGGGAGCACCCCGCUCAGCAAACUGGAUAGUUGGCGCAUGAUGGAAGGCGUGCGGGGGGCACGGCGGGGGGGGGGUGGGGGCUCCGACCAAAGAGGCAAAGCGAUAACCCAGUCGGCCAGCUCAGGUUGGUGAAGCAGAGGCGCUUGCACUAGUUUAGAUGGCGGAAACACGGCAGAUUGGCGACUGACCCUCUCCUCAGAUUGG